CCAAUAUGGCUGCUCCGUGCGUCAACAGUAGUGAAAGCGUAGUAACAUGCAGUUUAUUAGCACGUCUGGCUUAUUUGUAUAUCAUUAAAUAAGACGCACACACAGUCCUGUCCAACUUCUAUCUGUUGAUAUGUUGCUAUACACUGUUUGUUUGCACAAAAACAGCGUAAAUGCGUUGUUAUCGACUGCUGUCGCUAACAAUGGCUAACCUGGCUAGUGCUAAACCCACUGUGGAUCCCGGAGUGUGUUGGUUGUUUGGGUGGCAAGCCGAAGGUGAUGACGGCAGUUUUUUUUUACUCCUGUGUCGGCGAGGUUGAGGCGUCUGCGUCUUUCUGCAGGAGUCUGGCUUCCUGGGGGAUCAUGUUGGGGAUGCCGUUAACUAUGGGAUAGACGAUGCCAAGCUCCUCGUUGAUGAGCUCGCCGGUCUCAGCCUCGUAUCUCAGCGGCUUCUUGGACAGCGGACAUACCAGGAACUCAAGCAGGGAGGUGUCAAAGGGCUGCUGCACUUCGUCCUUCACGUCCGAGAAGCUCCUGGCCGGGACAGAGGCGGGCGUUCCCCUCUGUAUCAAAGGUGCAUUCUUCACAUAGCUGUGCACACGGAUCGGUUCCGUUAACAAUCUACCGAAAACAUUCCGAAACAUGACCGAAAACUCACGCCAAAACUGGUCAACAAGGUAGCGAAAGCUCUCCAACGGAGGAUUACCAUGGACGUAUUAAGGGUGAUUACCAGACAGCGUGCAACCGAAUUAUGAGUCCUCUUCCUGUAAGCCAACGCAUCAAUAUCAAUAGUUCCGCUUAUUGACUUCUUUAGCAACCUCCUUUUAAAUAACUACGGUCAAACCACCCGACACUGAAAUUGCACUAAAGAUGUUAUUGAUUAUAGUGCACUCAUAUACGCUGACAUUUAAUGUAAAUCCAUCAAGAGCAAGCUACCGACGGACUUGGCGAGUAUGCGUCUUCCUAGGAUGGCCCACGGAUGUAUUAAGAGAACGGGAUUGCCGGAAGUGGUGGUUGUUGUGGGCAGUGCCACCCUGCGCAUGGCGAGUGGUCAAAUAAUAGAAGAAAACAUGUAAAGUGACCAGCCUCUCUGUUAUUUUAAAGUUCGGCGCAACAAGCGGUGUUUUUAAAAUGACCGUGUGAUGUUGCAGAGACACCAGGAAACAUAAGCGACGCCGUGCUAACUUCCUGCUACGCUAACAGCUAGCUAGCAAAGGAAGCAGCCAUGGCAGAGGCCGGAGCCCAUCUGACCUCCGCCGCUGGGAAGGAGCAGCCGUCCAUCUUUGAGCUCCUGGCACAGGAGUCUCUGAUGGAGGCGGUCCGCCCGGCACUGAGACACGGCGUCAAGGUGCUGGCAGAGUCCAACCCGUCCCGUUUCGGGUUCCCGUGGCGACGCUUCGAUGAGCUCUACCUGCUGCUGGACCUCCUCCUCCAGAACCACUUCCUGUCUCACUGCAGCGCCUCCUUCUCGGAGAACUUCUAUGGCCUGAAGAGAGUUUCGGGAGGCCGAGGUCCUCCCGGUCGCCUGGGGCUGCCCGGUAAGUCCCACUGGCGCUCUCUUCUUCUCCUGUGCCUGGUGCCGUACCUGCGGGCCAAGCUGGAGGCCAAGCUGGCGAGACAGAGGGACGAGGAGGACUUCUCCAUCCGGCUGGCGCAGAGCCGGAGCCAGAGGCUGUACCGGGCGGCCGUGGCCGCGUACCCGUACGUCAGCUCGGCCUGGCAGGCCUGGCUCUUCGGCCAGCAGCUGCUCUUUGUCUUUGGAGUCGCCAGGACCCACAAUCCCCUGCUGUGGCUGGCCAGGGUCAGACUGGCACGACUCAACGUUCAAGAUAUCAGAGACAUGGAGCUGAAGAGCAGCGAAACUGGCAACCCAGCUGAGGGAAGCCUGGCGCGGAGAGCGUGGUGGUUGAUGUCCCAGGCGGCGCGGGGCGCGGCCGUGUCCCUCUCCAACUCCCUCUCGCUGGGCGUCUUCUUCCUGCAGUUCCUGGAGUGGUGGUACUCGUCAGACAACCAGAGCACCGUGAAGGCCCUCACCUCGCUGCCGGCUCCGCCGCCACCCCUCCACCUGCAGCAGGACCCUCCGCCCGGCGCCGACGGCAGGAACUGUCCGCUGUGCCGGAGGCUUCGCACCAACGCCACGGUGCUGUCCACCUCGGGCUUCGUCUUCUGUUACCGCUGCAUCUACGUGUACGUGAAAGCCAACCGCCGCUGCCCGGUUAGCGGCUAUCCCACCGAGCCGCAACACCUCAUCAAGAUCUACUCACCUGAGAGCUAGAACACAUCCAGCAACCGCAUGUUGAAGUUUACCUUCAGAGUACAGACUCUUUCAGAAAGAAAGGACUUGGCUGUGGGUUUUUCUUUUUGUAUAAAAUGGGCUCUCUAAUGUACAGCGUUUGAUAAAUUGUUCAGUGGUACCAGCUGAUUUAUAAAAUGCAUUCCUAAAUUGUUUCCACAGUGAUAUUAAGAGGACUUUUAAUUUUUACUGCAGUAACUGUGCAAUUGUCUCUGUUUAGCAUCACAAACUGUACGUCAUGUAUGACGAACAUCAAAAUGUUAGCAGCUAGGCUAGCCAGUAGCAGGUUGAAGAUUGGAUGGCUUGGUUUCCUCUGUAUGUGACCAACCUGACACAGAUUAGUUUUUGAUAAACUGAGGAUAUUUACCUUUGGCUAAUAAAGAAAUUGGGGUUGCAACGAACAA